AUGUUGCAGCCUUCUGCUAGAACAGGUGACAGCCUGUUGGAAACGUUACCUCAGUGGAAUAGGCGUCCGAGAUGGGCCCUCCUCCUCACCAUCUGUGUGGCUCUCCUCUGGCUUCCAGGGGCAGCGGGAUCUACCCUAAACUGCCAUAAGACUUGCAUCUGCGCCUCAAACAUAGUGAGCUGCGCCAAGAUGAAUAUGACCACAGUCCCAACGGCACUGCCACUCUACACUGCUGUGCUGGAUCUCAGCUACAAUAACAUAACAAGGUUACGAUCAGAGUGGACCCCAGUCAAGCUACUGAAGCUCCAUAACCUACUGCUCAGCCACAAUGGUCUCCACUUCCUGUCUUCAGAGGCGUUCGUAUAUGUGAAGUACCUGCGCUACUUGGAUCUGUCCUCCAACAACCUGCGGCAGCUGGAUGAGAUAAUCUUUGACCCUUUGGUCAACCUGGAGGUCCUCUUGCUGUACAAUAACCAAAUUUCCCAGAUUGACCGCACAGCCUUUGUUGGCGUGACCAACCUUCAGAAGCUCUACCUUAGCCAGAACCAAAUCUCCCGCUUCCCUGUGGAGCUGGUCAAGGAAAAGUACAGACUGGAGAAACUUAGCCUCCUGGAUGUGUCCUCCAACAAGGUCAAGGUGUUGCCCAUUGAUGAGCUUCAGGUGUUGCCUGCCUGGAUUAAAAAUGGCCUCUACUUCCACAAUAACCCUCUGCUGUGUCACUGUGACCUCUACACACUCCUGGCCCACUGGUACAUUCGAAAGCUUAACUCUGUUGUGGACUUCAAAGAUGAUUAUACAUGUGUCCUACCUGGCCCGCAGAAAACCCAAGUUGGUAUUUUUGAUCUCAGCGGUGACACCAUGAACUGCAGCACAUUCAAGGAGGCAGAUGAAGAGGCUUUUCUGGAGCAAAAGCUGACCCUUGCCUGUGACACCAAACACAGAGUCACAUCAAAGACCUGGACGAUGCCUGGUAACAUGGUGGUGACACCUGGAAACAACCAGACAGCCAAAGUCUUGCCAGAUGGGAGUCUGCAGAUUAGUCCGGUGAGGCUUGAUGACUCUGGAACUUACACUUGCUUUGCAAUGAACGAGGCCUUCAAUGAGACGAUCUAUGUGGUGCUUAAGGUUCACAACUUCACCAUGCAUGGGGGCGGGGAGACCCUGAACACAGCAUACACCACCUUGGUGGGCUGCCUGGCCAGUGUUGUGCUAGUGCUCAUGUACCUGUACCUGACACCAUGUCGCUGCUUCUGUUGCCCCAAUAAGGGUAAGAAUCGGGGUGAUGACAGCAUUCACUCCUCCAUGCUCAGUGUGACACCUACCCACGAGGACCCAGCACUCAAGGCCGAACUUAACAGGCAUGUGGCAUUCAUAGACUCUAAGGACUUACAGGGUCAGAAUGGCAAGCUGAACCCCAAUGGUGAUGAGGAUGAUGAUGAUCUAGAUGCAGAGGCCGGAUCUCUUAUGAAGGGAAAGAGGAAGAAGUCAGUAGCAGAGUCCAUCAGCUCCGUCUUCUCAGACACUCCCAUGGUGGUCUGA